AUGGGCAAGGCGGAGCCCCUCAGUGCGCGCCGCCUGGAGCGAUGUGUUCAGUGGGUGCUGGCAAACCCUGUGGUGCCCGGCUAUGGCGGAGCGCCAUUUGGUGUGCUCGCCGCCCUCGGCGGCGAGCCUGCCCUGCAAGAAGCCGCCCAGCGCGCUGCGAAGCUGCGCGUCCCACAGGACCUCGCUGCCCUUGAACCCAGGGCGCUCGCGCGCCUGGAGGCGCGCUACGCGCUGUCUGGCUGCUCGACGGCGGCGCCACCCGUGGACGGGCCGCAGGGCGGUGGCGCGGCUGGUGGCGGCGGCUGUGCGGCGGGACGGUGGCUGGUGGAGGGGCACGACCAGGUGGCCGACCUGCUGGGGCUGCUGGCGCUGGAGGUCGACCAGGCGGCGGCGCGGCACAAGGAGCCAGGGGACAAGGUUUGCGCAGCUGUGUCCGCUGCCGCCGGCCAGGCCUUGAACUACUGUGCGGCCGCCCGUGCGGCAAUCACUGAGCUGCACGCCUGGCGGGCUGCACGCAGUGAGCUUGGAGACUUGGGCAUCAGCCCCUCUACCGAGGACGUCGCCCCGCUGCUGGAGGCGAUCACCUGCCUCAAGGGCACGCAGGCACUGCUGUAUGAUGUCCAGCCCUGGAUGGAGCCCCUCAUCACGCGCCACACCCACCGCCAGCUGGACGCCUUUGUCAACGAAUCCCUGCCGGCAAUUUCAAAGGGCGCGGCAUCCAACCGGCGCGUGCAGCACCUGGCUGCGGCUCUGCAGUCCGUCUUGAUGGGCCAGCCGGGCGCUGUGGAGUCGCUGCCGGCAGACGUUUGGGCCGACGCGGCGCGCAGCAAGGGGCUUGGGGUGCCAGCCAGCGAGGCGGGCGAUGGCGGCGCUGACGUGCAGGAGUUUGACCAGCAGCAGCCCCACCUGGGACUGCGCAGCACAACGCCGCAGCGAGCAGCGAUGCCCCCCAGCAUCCCCGAGGCGGGCCCUGUGGCCGAGGCUCACGAGAGUGAUCCUGCCCUGCCUGUUGCACCGCCACUCAGCCAGCAGCCGUCAGAGCGCGCCGCAAGUGACGCAGUACCCACCUCUGCUGAGCAGCAGGAGCAGCAGGUUCAGCAGCCACAACAGCCACCAGAGCAGCAGCAGGAACAGGAGCAGCAGCAGCAGCAGCAGCAGCAGCAGCAGCAGCAGCAGCAGCAGCAGCAGCAGCAGCAGCAGCGUCAACACCCACAUCAGACGUGGGAGUUCGUUGCCAAGGGGCGGGGCAGUGCCGGGUUGUCAGCUUCAGCUGACUCGCCGCCCGCAGAUAUGGACUCCCAGCCAUUGACGGGAUUGUCAGAGCAGCAGCCAGGCACGGCCGCAAUUGAGGCUCAAUCCGGGCGCGAAACAACCACCCAGCGCACAAGCUGGAUGGCGCGGCUUGCUGUCCGCCACCGCGAUCCCGCCGCUACGCCAACCCAGCACAUGCCGUCAGACGGCGGCGGCGCCCCUUGGUCGCCACCCACCACCAGCACAUCACUGGACAGCGCCGCGCCGCUGGCGGCGGCCGUGCACCGCGUCCUCAGGGAGCCCUCCCUCGCGCGUGUGCUGCGGGAGCACGCCGAGCAGCCGCCGUCGCCGACUGUGGCGGAGCUGGUGACGCAUUUUGAGAAGAUCGUCGUGCCGGGGGCCGAGGGUGGGGACGGCAGCGAGUGCGCCAUCAGCCCCGUAGAGCAGGACCCCCCCGAUGCCGGCGGGCCCCUGGAGCCAGCGCUAGAGCAGCGCGUGAGCGUGGCAGCCAGUGACAGCAGUGACGAGGAGCGCGGCGAGCAGUUGGAGCCGCCGCUAUUGGCGCUGCAGGGGCCAGAGCUGCUGUCAGUACCUUCAGCAGACAGGUCCAGCGAGUCAGCGUCAGCAGUGGCGAUAGACGAGGCGGCUGAGGCCCCGCCGGCGGGCUCUGCCCCCGAGGUUGCCGUGUUGAACGCGGCUCCGGCCGCCCUCGCUGCAGCGAGUGGUGCAUGGGCGUCUGGGCAAGAGGAAGAGAGCGAGCCGCCGCGGUCUGCGCUGGAGCACACCUCUCAUAUGGUGUUGGAUCAGCAGCCAGGGCCAGUGCUCCAGGCAGGCGAGCAGCAGGGUGCUGAGCCGCACGAAUCAGAGGGACCUCAGCAGCAUGAUACGGAGGUGGCGCCCCAGCAGGCAUCUUCCUUGCAGCAGGCGUUGCAGGCAGUGGCUGUGCACAACUACUACUCCAGCGGAGACUCGUCAGAUGCAGCAGAGUAUUCGGAGGAGUUGCUGGGGCAGCGGCAGUGGCAGGGCGACGAGGAGUCAGGAGAGGAGGAGCACGUGCACAAUGAGGCGAUGCAGCAACUCCAGCAGCAGGAUGCGCAGGAGGAGGGCGAGGAUGCUGUGACGGACGACUACGAGCACUGGCGCCAGCACCAGGACGAGUCUGAGGGGAGUGCAGCGCUUGGCUGUGCGGCGCUGUGCUCUGAGGCCUUGGCAGCAUCGGCCGACCAGCCAGCUGUUGGGCUCCAGGGCCCCGCAGCAGCUUCAGAUGUUGACGUUGAGCUGCUGCAGCCCAUGCAGCUGCCAUGGGUUGUGCCCGAGCAAGCGGCGCAGCAGCGCAACUCAGAGGCCGCGCUGCUGGAGCCCAUGCAGCUGCCAUGGCUGGCAGAGCAGACGCAGCCCCAGCACCAUGUGGAGUCACCAAAGCAGCCGCUGGAGGCGCCGCCCUCCGAGGCCACCGCUGCUGCUCCGGCGCAGCCGGGCAGCUCAGGGAGCCUGCUCAGGCGGCUUACGAUGAGGCUGAAGAAGCCAGCAGCCGCGCAGCAACAGCAGCCGCCAGAGUCGGCCAUGCAGGUCAUAGGCGGUGAGUGCGCCGCGUCGCCAGCGUUGGCAGCAUCGCCAGUGAGUGCGGCUUCGCCCGCCGUCUGCGCUACUUUUGGCGUGGCAGCGGGUGGCGCGCUGAAGGCCGCAACAUCUGAAGGCAUGGCAGCUGACCUUGGGGUCACUGACACAGCGGCUAACGUGCCGGCCGCCACCAGGGUUGCGGCCGCAUCAGAGCCUGAGAUCGUGCCGGCGGACGACCCAGCGGCGGCGGUGGUUGGGACAGAAGCAGCUGUUGACAGGGCGGCAGAUGCGGCGGCGGUGGCGUUGGAGUCUGCAGCAGCACCGGCAGCAGCGCUGGCUGCAGGGGCUGCAGCUGGGGCGGCGGCUACAAUCCCGGCGGCGUCCCCGCCCGUCAGCCCUGUGCGCGCCAAGCUGUUGAAGCAAGGCGGGGCAUUUGCGCGGUUCUUCCACUUCAGCAAGGGAGGCCGCAAGGGCGCUGAGGCGAACGUGGUGCAGUGCGAGGCUGAGCAGCACUACAGCGACGACGCGGCCCAGGCUGCGCCCACCCAGGAACCUCUGCUGCAGCCGGUGCAGGGCCUGCAGCGGCCAGCAUCUAGCCUCGUCGAUGUGCCGCCCGGCGGGGCUGUGUUCAGCAUGGGCGCCUGCGCAGCCGUCUGCGCCGCCUCCGAGGGCUCGCCGGACUCCGGUGAUGAGGCGGCCUCCGAGCAGCAGCAGGAGCAGCAGCAGCAGCAGCAACAGCAUGGGGGCGAUUGUUCGGAGGAGCCCAGGCUGGAGGAGGGGCAGGAGCUUGCAGCACCGCGCAGCUUGCCACCCCGUCAGGACUCAGCUGUGGCGCCGGUUGAGCACCCUGGAGACCGCUACAGCUGCGCAGGGGGCGUCGCGCCGCUGAAUGCCGUUGCGUCCGCCGAGGUAGACACGCCCGCUUCGCCCGGCUUGGCUGCAAAUGCCGUUGGGGCACCAUCCUCACCGGGCUCCGCCGUGGUUGCUUUGGACACAAGCUUGCCUGCCGGUGGCAUCAAAGGGCGCAAGGACGCGCCUAAGGGAGCGUUUGCUGCCGCCGCGGCGGCUGCGGGCGCCGCGGCGCGCUUCAAGCGUCUCGGGGAGACGCUCAAGCUCAAGGCCGGUACCAUGGAGCAGCAGCUUGCCCCGGCCCCUCCACUCGCUGCGCCGCGGCCGCUGGGAGCGCUGCCGGCUGGCCCGGCGCUGUCAGCAGCGGCUCUGCUGUUGGAGCAGCUCGUCCUCGAGCUGCAGGCUGACAGGAAGUGGCGCCUGGUGCAGCAGGUGGCGGGCCGCAGCCAGGCAGACGCCGUGGCACCGGGUCUGCGCGACGCGCGCGAGGCGCUGAAGGCCGUCCAGCUGCUGCAGCUUGUCGGCGGCGGCCGGAUGGCUGCCGCAGUGGCACGCGCUUGCGAUGUCUCGCCGCUGUGGGUGUUCCCCGUUUCGCAGGAUCACGGCGAGGCGGCCGCGGCAGCGGCGGCGGCGGCAGCUGCGCCAAGCUUGCCAGAGGCGCUGUGCGCCGCAGGCACUGCGCAGCUGGCAGCGAGCCGGCUGCCAUGCGAAACGCCGCUGGCGGCGCUGCACGUCCUGAGGGACGCCUCAAACGGCGUUGCGGCGCGCAACCGGACGCUGCUGGCGCUGGUGGGGCACCAGGCCCAGCGGAUGGUACGCGGCUACCUGGACGCCACCGGCGAGCUGUGCUACAGCCACCACAAGAAGCUAGCUGCCAGGCAGCUGCUGAGCAGCGAGCUGCUGCGUGUUGCGCGGCAGGAAGGGCCGCUGGUGCGCGUCGAGCCGCUGGCGUUUGACUCGCUGCUGCGCGGCCUUGCACUCGGCAUGCCCGGCACCCCGCCGGGCACGAGCGGCUGCAGCGACACCGGCGGGCUCACCGCCCGCAGUUGCGGCGGCCAGAGCACCCUGUGCGGCGGCCAAACCGCUCGGUCGCAUCGGCAGCGGCGGCAGCGCUGGAGCGUGGAUGUGACGGCGGCGCUGACCACAGGCUUUGCUGACUUGCUGGCCGCAGAUGCGGCGCGGCUGGUCGCAUCUUUUUGCGCCGAUGGACCCACGGCGCUGGUGGAGCUGUCGCUGCAGCAGCGUGUGCUUCGCCGCACUCACGAGCUGCUCUUGGAGUACGUCACCCUGCCGCCCUGGCAGGAGAUCUGGGCGCGCGCCAAUUGUCCCCCCGCCGGCGCCGUUGCCGCCGAGGGCCGGCCGUGCGGCAGCGCUGUUGGCGACGCCGCGCUCUCGGGCGUGUCUGCGAUGCUCGCAGAAGCGGUGUUCGACAGCCAGGCGCAGGUGCUGCUCGCGCCCUGGGCGGCAGCGGCCCCAGGCGGUGACGCGGCAGCGGGUGGCGCCGUUUGCGACGUGGUCGAGGACCGGGUGCGGGGCCUGUUGGCGCCGUACCGCGGCUUCUUUGGGCGCCAGCACCUGGCGGCGCUGCUGGAGGUGGAGGGCGACUGGGCGAUGCAGGCCCUGCUUGAGGCGGCCCUUGAGCGGUUUGAGGAUGUGCAGGCGCCCCUGGCAGCAGCGCUGUGCGCUCUGCAGGCAGAGUUGCCGCCAGCGCUGCUGUCUCGUCCCAGCCCCGACAUCUGCAACACCGCUGGCGCCCUGUACCGCGCUUACGCUCAAGCUCUGGGCCUUGACGGCGGCGCGGGGCCGGGCAGAGACGACGGUUCUGCGACAUCCGCGCUAUGCCUACUGCAGUGCGCCGGCAACUGCCUGGCGCUCCUGCACAUGGCCAAUGUGGCCGUGGGCAGCGUGCUGCCAUCGCGGUUUGCGCAGGCGGCGCCGAUCCUGGGGAUCACAGCCGUCCCUACAGCUGGCGCUAGCAGCACCAGCAUGGAGCACGAUGGCGGCCCCUCGCCGGGCUUGCGCGCGCCGCCGUUUGAGGACGGCGCCCCGGGCCACUUCCAGUGCAUGCUGCUGGGCCCCAGCGCGCGGCUGGUGACGGAGUCGCAGCUGCUUGUGGUGCAGUCGUGCGAGCUGCAGGCGUGGCGCGCGACGCGUGGAGUGGAUUGCAUGCCGCGCUGCUUGGGGCGCGUUGGCGCCUGCCUCAGGGACUUACAAGAGGUGCUUGAGGCGGCCGCCGUGCUCGCCGCGGUGGCCGCCCAGGACCAGGCCUCCCCAUCGCCGAGGCGUGGCGCGGCGCGGCGGCCAGACAGCACUGCGGUGGAUGCGGCAGGGUCGCCGCAGGGCGGCGCGGUUGAGGACCAGCAGCCUCCUUUGGCAGCAGCUUCUGAGCAGGGCGGAGCGGCUGGGGAAGGGGAUCAGGGGCAUCGCCACGAGGUGGGCCGAGGGCCACCAGCUGCUGAUGCAGGCCAGGAGGAGGAAGAGGAGGAGGGGGUGGACAAGCAGGAACACGAGCGGCGGCAGGAGCAGGAAGGCGUCAGCAACGGCGGUGCACCCUGUCAUGAGCGGCGGACAGCGGGCGGCGAUUCUGUGGCCACGUGGGACCUGUCCCUGCCCGGCAGCUUUGGCGGCGCAAUGCCUGGGCAGCAGCCCUCGCGCACCACGGGCGGGCUGUCCGGCGGCGGCGAUGAGCUGACACCGCCAACAUCUGGGCGGCCCCGGGACACGACGGCGGGCGGCGGUGCAGAGGGCGAGGAAGAUACGAAUUGGUACGUGAACACGCGCGCAGUGCACAGCCGCCAUGACAGCGGCAGCCUGGACUCGGAUGGCAGCUACCGCCCCGGCGAGGUCGGCCUGACGGCGCGGCAGUACACGGAGCGCGCCGCCGCUGAGGCGAUGACGGGGCGAGAAAACCAGUGUGCAGAUGCUGGGGUCGGAGGAGGCGGCGAGGACGCGGGCGCCGAGGACGAGGGCGAUGGCCCCAGAGCCUCCCACAGGGGCCCGGCCGGCCUGCGGCGCUGGCUAGAGCAGCAGCGUCUGCAGGAGGGCGAGGAGGAGGGUGCGGAGGAGGAGGCGCCUCAGCGCCAGCGGCAUGAGGAGGGUCCUGUCGCACGCGGUCCCUCGCCCAGCAAGCUGGCAUACGUUGCACUGACCCAGCGCCAGCGCCAGCAAGAGCAGCAGCAGCAGCAGAGGGAGGGUCGGUGUGAGCCGCCGCUGCCGUCUGAGACCGUGGGCCCCGCGGCACCCGCCCCUGGCGGAGGCCAGGGCCGCGCGCCGCCGCCGCCGCUGCAGUGGGGCGGCGCGGAUGGCGAGCUGCGGUCCCCGGGGCCGCGGUCCGCCCACCUGGGCUUGGAGGCGUCCCCUCUGGCUCAGGUGUACGACGAGACGGUGGGCCAGCUGCUGGAGGUGCUCGCAGAGAAGGACCGGCUGCAGGGGCGCGUGACGAUGCUGGAGCGGCAGAUGCAAUGCAAGGACGAGCAGCUGCAGCUGUUCGCAACGACGCUGAGGACGCCGCGCUCUCACCAUGAAUCUGAAUCUUCUGGCCACGACGGCGCCGACCACGCCAGCACCGGCAGCAGCAGCGGCGGCAGCGACGCCGCCGACGGCGCCGGGCCGGCAGCCACGGUGGCGACGGCGGUGGGCGGCAUUGCGGAGCUGACAAGCCGCCUGAUUGGCGGGGGCCUUCGGGAGGAGGGCUCCCAGCCGCUAUUGGAUCACGAGCAGGGGGAGCUUGGAGUGGCGGCAAACGCCGGGGCCUCGCGCUGCGCACCGGCGGCCGACGAGGGCGGCGAUUCCGACUGCGCCGGGCCGCAGGGCGCACAUGUCCGCGGCGGCCGCCCUGCGCCGCAGCUGCCGCCGCUGAAGCUGGAGGAGGCGAUCGGGGCGGAGCGGCUGUCGCUGUCGCUGAGCGGCGGCGCGUCCGCGGCGGCAGACAGCGGCGCGGACGCGGGGACGCCGAAGCAGCCGGACUCACCGCCAGGGCGGCCGCGUGAGACGACGUUCCCGCGGCUGCUGCCGCCACCGCCGCCGGCGAUGGCGCUGCCCGCCGCGCUGAGCGCGCUGCGCUUCGUCCUGCUGCACCAGUGUGCCGCGCAGCCCAGCGAUGGCCCCGCGGCUGCGCUGGCGGGCGGCGCCUAUGGCGACGGGCCGCUGUGGGCGGCGGCGGCGGCGGUAGAGCUGCUGGGGCUGCGGCGCUGCUACCGGCGGCUGGACAUGGCCUCGUACCUGGCGCACUGGCAGCGCUACAACGUGGUGCACGCAGAGGGCCGCGCGGCAGAAAUGGCGGCAGCCGAAGAGGCGCUGCGCCGCGAGGAGGACGCCGCGGCGGAGGAGGACGGGGCGGUCGCCAGGGCCGUCGCGGCGGCCCGCGCGGCGCGCACGGCAGCGGCGGAGGACUCCGCGGCGGCGGCGGCCAUGGUGGCGGCGGACGCACGCGCAGCGCGUGUGUGGGAGCUGGCACGGCUCGCGGUUGGCGCGCAGGCCGCGCCGCAGGCACCCGGGGAGCCGGCGGGGGGCGGCGCAGUGUCGAUGGCAGCGCUGGGCGCGGCGGCGCCGCUGGUGGUGGGCCAGGACCCCGACCCCUUGGCCCGCCUGCCGGCCUGCCGCGCGCCCAUGCUCUUUGCGGAUGCGCCAAGCCGCUUCUCAUCCGCCGCCGCCGACGCCGAGCGGCGCCGAGCGGUGGCCCUCAAGCGGCCGUCUGCGGCGCCGGCCAAGGCGGGGCUGGUCGACGCCUCGAGGGCGGCGCGCGCAGUGGCGCGCUUCCUGGAGGUUGCGCCGCCCAGCGCCUACAGCCAGAGCGUGCGCGAGGCGCGCAGCGAGGUGGUGUCGCAGAUCGGCUCGAGUGCUGCCAGUGACAUCAUCAAGGGCAACGAGCGCUACCAGCUGCCGCCAGGCCUGCUGACCAGUGACCUGCGGGCUGCAGCCGCCGGCCCUGACGACCAAGCUCACAACACACUGUCAACACAGCAGGGCGCCCUGCUGCUUGGCGCCAAGGUAGCGGCCAUGUCUGGGGCUGCUGCGGGCACCGUGCACGCAGGUGGCGUGGAGGCUGGAAGAAUCCCUGGAGCUGGCGCGCCUGGCGCGCUGGGCACGCGCGGCAGGGCCCUGCUCGGGCGGCUGGCGGGCGUGAGGCGCAACUCAUGA